UCAGAACAACGCCCACGAAAGUUGGCAGCAAAAGUCCGACACGUUCCCGCAGACAUACGCGUCCGUCCAUUCAACUCAACGGGUGUUGCCUUUCUCUCCGAAUUCAGCGGUUCAGCAGCUUUUUUACCUCUCCAGAUUUCUCCAGAGAUCAUCUCUCUUUUACAAUGGCAGCGUUGGGUGACCGUGGAACUGUGACUGAGGCAUCAGGCUUCAACCCAGAGGAAGAUGCCCAGAAAAUCUAUGGCGCUAUGAAAGGAGCAGGCACCGAUGAGGCAGCUAUCAUCGAGAUCCUUGCUCAUCGCACUAUUGCACAAAGGCAGAGAAUCAAAGAGGCUUUCAAACAGUCUGUGGGAAAGGAGCUGGUUGAUAACUUUAAGUCAGAGCUUACUGGAAACUUUGAGAAGGUUGUGGUUGGUUUGAUGAUGCCAGCUCCGGUGUAUGAUGCAUAUGAACUGAAAAACGCCAUCAAGGGUGCAGGGACAGAGGAGGCAUGUCUUAUUGACAUUCUGGCCUCCAGAAGCAAUAGUGAGAUUAAGGACAUUGUCGUUACUUACAAGAAAGAAUACAGCAAAAGUCUUGAGGACGAUGUCUGCGAUGACACAUCUGGAAUGUUCCAAAGGGUCUUGGUCUCUUUACUCACGGCUGGGCGUGACGAGAGCACCAAGGUAGAUGAUGCUCUGGCUGCCCAAGAUGCAAAGGACAUCUAUGAGGCAGGCGAGGCUCGCUGGGGAACGGACGAGGUCAAGUUCCUCACCGUGCUGUGUGUGAGGAACAGAAAUCACUUAAUCCAAGUGUUUAAAGAGUAUCAGAAAAUUGCUGGUCGGAGCAUUCAAGACAGCAUUAAAAGAGAGAUGUCUGGCUGUUUGGAGGACGUUUUUCUGGCAAUCGUGCAAUGCAUGAUAAACAAACCAGCAUUUUUUGCUGAAAGGCUUUACAAGUCAAUGAAGGGUUUAGGCACCACAGAUAGUGUGCUCAUCAGGAUCAUGGUGUCUCGCGCUGAGAUCGACAUGCUCGACAUCAAGUCUGAGUUUCUAAAGAUGUAUGGAAAAACCCUUCACUCCUUUAUAAAGGGUGACACGUCGGGAGAUUACCGUAAGAUCCUGCUGGAGUUGUGUGGAGGUGAAAAGUAACGGAGACGUGAGGGACCGCCACGUCUGUCUCGUUCAUCACUAUCUCGCACAUUGGCCUACUGCAUUUCAAACACAUUCCUUCUUUGUAAUUGCAAGUGAAACUAAAUAGUAAUGUUUUAAACAGGAUUUGUGAUGAAUUUCUUUUUUUAUUAUUGUUUUAGAAUUUUCGGGAGUCUUUUACAGAAGGGCACAUCUUAAGAGUUUGCCAAAUAAAUAAAAGCCAUAUUGACCCGUA